GAAAGGAUAUUCAGGAAGUCGCUGUUUCAGUAAAACUAGUUUCUUGUUCCGCUUCACUUCUCUAGAGAGCUAUACACUACCCUUAUCGUUCCAGAAGCCCCCAGCGCCGCCUUAGCCCUAAACUGGGAGAUAAGGUCACCUUCCUUUUCUCAACCAAUACAACUCCAGAAAUACGCCUCUAAAUUGGCUGAAAUUAGUGUUUCAAUUUUGGUUUAAAUCUGGUUCAGACAGGUAAGUUAGAUAACAAUGGCACACACGUGCGUCUCGACAUCCGCUUCGUCUCUUCGGUUGAGUUCGCUGCUCUUCUCUCCAAACUCAAGCACCAAUCUUGAUUCUCACAAGUUAUCUCUUCCUUUCCAUCCCUUUCGUCCCAGGAAAUUGAAGAAGCUAGUUAGUAAUCAAAAGAAUGUGAUGAGUUCUCAGCCAAAGGCUGUUUACACUGGAGAGUUUUGGGCUUCAGAGACAACCUCUCGACAAGGAAUUUGGUCAAUAAGGGAUGAUUUGCAAGUCCCAUCAUCACCCUACUUCCCUACGUACGCACAAGGGCAGGGGCCACCUCCGAUGGUGCAAGAGCGAUUUCAGAGUGUUAUUAGCCAACUUUUUCAAUAUAGAAUAAUUCGCUGUGGUGGAGCUGUUGAUGAUGAUAUGGCAAACAUUAUUGUAGCUCAGCUUCUCUAUCUUGAUGCUGUUGAUCCUCACAAGGAUAUUGUCAUGUAUGUCAAUUCCCCUGGAGGGUCAGUUACAGCUGGUAUGGCCAUUUUCGACACUAUGAGGCACAUCCGGCCUGAUGUCUCGACUGUGUGUGUUGGACUUGCAGCUAGUAUGGGAGCUUUUCUGCUUAGUGCCGGAACCAAAGGAAAACGAUACAGUUUACCUAAUUCAAGGAUAAUGAUACAUCAGCCUCUUGGUGGAGCUCAAGGAGGGCAAACUGAUAUUGAUAUUCAGGCAAAUGAAAUGCUGCAUCAUAAGGCAAACUUAAACGGGUAUCUUGCCUACCACACUGGUCAAAGUUUGGAGAAGAUUAACCAGGAUACUGACCGUGAUUUUUUCAUGAGCGCAAAAGAAGCCAAGGAAUAUGGACUUAUUGAUGGUGUAAUCAUGAAUCCUCUCAAAGCUCUCCAGCCACUAGCUGCUACAGCUGAUAGUAAUGAAUAGCUUAGUUUAGGUACUCUUUUGCUAUCAAUGACGUGGCUCUAUUGUAGAGAUAACCGGAAAUGAUUGCCCAGUUUUUCGAUUCUCUUUGGAUACUAAAUAAUGAUUAUAUUUCUGGUGAAGCAACAUGAAUUUUGAUGUUUAUCAUGUAACAAAUAUAAAACCUUGAGAAAUCGGUGAAGCUUUUUACGGAGUGUGCUUGUUCUCUAA